AUGGCUGAAAAAUUACCUCCAGGUAAGAAGCAGUUGCAUCUAACACUGCUAACUGUGUAUGAGGUAAAAGAAGAGAAACUCGUCGAACACGAUGCAGAUACUAGAUGGACAAUUGAGAGUGCAGCUCAUAGCUGCGGAAUUUCUCCGGUUGCUGUUGUUGGGAGACUAUGUCAUGAAUAUUUUCGCAGUUUUCUCAAUAAACUGCAAUUAAUUCAGUGCCUGUAUUCAGGUACACUUUGCGUUGUUUGUGAAGAUCUUGCUACCGGAAAUCACUAUUCAGUGCCAUCGUGUAACGGAUGUAAAACCUUCUUUCGACGUGCUAUUGUGAACAAUCGAACAUUCGCCUGUAUGGGUACUGGAGAUUGCCCAGUCAAUAAAGGUGUACGUUGUGCAUGUCGCCACUGUAGAUUCAAUAAAUGUUUACAAGUUGGAAUGGAUAAAAAGUCAAUUCAAAAUGAUCGUGAUCGUAUCGGAUACACAAAGCGAACGAGGCGGACAGAUAAAAGUGUUGCCGAAAAACGCAUUAAAGUAUCCAGUUCACCGAUCGCCAGCAGUGAUGAGGACGAGGCGAGUUCACGCACAGCUGAAGAUUCACCGCUACCGAACGGCGGAAAUUACGAGAGACAAGAAUCACACAGUCCCACUGAUUGCAGUAGUGGCACCCCAUCCGUUCAACAUCCUGCUAUGAUGACACCCGACCCGAUGUUGGACCGUUUAACGACCUUAGAGAAUAACUUCACGUUGCUGUUGUCCCGUGCUGAUAUCGAGCCAUACGCCUCACUUGAUGAUGCACUGGCCGCGCCGAGUCGAUUUUCACGUCCUGUUGACGUCAAGAUCACCGAUCCUAUUGCAGCACCGAAAGCUGGUAAAGAUCAACACAAGAUGCCUUUUUGGCGGUCACGUAUCAUUGCGUUAUAUAUUGAUUGGGCAAAAACGUUUCCAGUUUUUCGAAAUCUACCAAACUCCGAUAAAGUGGCGCUGAUAACCAAUCAUGCAAGUUCGUAUAUGAUAAUGUGCGAAGCGUUUCGAACACCUGAACAUAUCAGUGAUGAAAUUAUUCCAUCGGAUGGAUUUGCGUUCACGAAACAUUCAAACGAAGAGAAUUUAUUGCCGUCAGAUGAUUUGGACGCAUCGGUGGAGGAGCCGAAAUGCAACUGUAAGAAUCUGUUGGCGGCGCCAACAGCCUCAUCAAUAGAUUCUUGCUGCUGCGGCAACAAUGUAACGGCACCAACAAUAGCACUGUCAUCACCUCCAGACGACGACAAGUCUAAUUUAAGCUCUCAUUUACUACCGUCACAACUACUUAUUUCCACAAAUUCUGAUAGUAAUAGUCCAUCGUUCGCAACUGGUAGAAGCAUAGAUACACUGAAAAGUUGCUCGAAGAGCACCGAUACCAGUUUCCAAAGCCUUUCCUCAUCGGCUCAUUCACCACUAAUAAAUCCACAUCAAUCACCCCAUAAACAGCAUCUCCACCAACAGCAAUCCUCAAAUAUGCAUACGUUCUUUGAUCCUGAGUUGAUUCGUGAUGGUCAUUCGAAUGAACUGGGUGUUCGCUCGUUGGUUGACGUUCCACCUGUUGCACAUUACCCUACUGUUGGAAGUUUCCAUAAUGAAUGCAUUUUAAUUGCAGAUACGGACGGACUUGAUUCAGCCAGUCAACGUAACGUUGCGGCUGAACAAAAGAAACUUCUGACAGCACUAUAUCGUCAUAUUUGCAUGCAUUACGAGCCUGUUGAUGCAUGUGAUAGAUAUGCAGCCAUACUACUUCGCAUACCCACUAUUCGGAAAGUUGCCGCGAAGAAAAACGAAUCGUUACAAAUAAUCGACAUGUUCAAUUUGUUCAGUCUGAAUUCGUUGGUCAAGGAGACAGCGUUGGGAAUUCGUUCGCCUAGCGCUGGCAUAACACCGAUUGUAUCACCCGCAAAUGAUGAUGCUAAAUCGUCGGUAUAUUUUUGA